GCAGCCUGCACAACGCACGACGCACGACGCACGACGCACAACGCGCAACGCUUCAUCUCGGCCCCCCUUCACGUCGCCCGGGACAACGGCAUUGCAUGCAUUGCAGGCCACACUGCAUGGCAUUAUCCUGACAUUACCUUACAUUUGCCACUGCACUACACCUGGCCCUAGACCACACACUUGUUACUCAUCGUCGCCUGGGCAGUCUGGCAGUCACCUCACCCACCAGUCAGUCAGUCAGUCAGUCAGUCAGUCUCGUCUCGGCUGUGGUAUCACCCAAUUAAUUCCGCCCGUCUCUGCUGGCCAGCCGUCCCAAUAGCCGUCCACGCCCGCGUCCCCAUACCCAUACCAGCCCAUACCCGUCCAUACCCAGCAACAGGACCCAGUUCGCGCAUCUAGGGCAGGCCUCGCUUGUUUCUACGCCCUCCCAUUCUUUCUUCUCCCCUUCCUUCCUUUUUAAUUCUUCUUUGCCAUGUCUGCCCCCGGUCCUCCACCCCAAGGCUUCCUGGAGCAAUCCGGCACCCUGCUCUACACCGCCGCCUCGUGGAUGCGUCUGCCGGCCAUAGCUUCGACUGGCGUUGCUGCUGUGCUCACCUCCCUGCUCUACUUCAAACAAAAGGCCCUGAUAUACCCCUCGCACAUGCCCCCGAAUGCCCGAACAGAUGUUCCCCGACCCUCCCAGUUCGGCAUACACGACUUCGAAGACUUGAUGAUCCCGACCAACGAUGGCGAAAAGCUGUCUGCCUUCUACAUGCGCGGCCCGCGUCACGGGCGCAACUCCAACGUCACCGUCUUGAUGUUCCACGGAAAUGCUGGCAACAUCGGCCACCGACUACCCAUCGCCCGCAUGCUCAUCAGUCUGACGGGCUGCAACGUUUUCAUGCUCGAGUACCGAGGCUACGGUCUGUCCACGGGCGAGCCGGGCGAGUCUGGAAUAUGUCUCGACGCGCAAACCGCCCUCGAUUACUUGCGCGACCGCGCAGAGACGAGCAACCACAAGCUAGUAAUUUACGGGCAGAGUCUGGGCGGCGCGGUUAGCAUCAAGCUCGUCGCAGACAACCAGAAGGAGGGCGACAUUGUUGGCUUGAUCCUGGAGAACACCUUCCUCUCGAUGCGGAAGCUCAUCCCUUCAGUCCUGCCUCCUGCAAAAUACUUGUCGCUUCUGUGCCACCAGGUUUGGCCCAGCGACUCUAUAAUACCCAACAUCACGAAAGUGCCCAUCCUGUUCCUGUCCGGCCUGCAGGAUGAGAUCGUCCCACCAAAUCACAUGCGCAAGCUCUACGACUUAUCGCAAGCACCCAACAAGAUCUUUAAGCCGCUCCCCGGCGGCGACCACAACUCAAGCGUGCUCGAGGAGGGUUACUUCGAGUCGAUAUCGGACUUUAUCGCCUCCAUCACCCAGGAAUAUCCCACCACCCCACCCGAGAAGAGUCGCAUGUGAGCUGCGUGGGAUUUAGAACUGGAGGGAGCCGGGUCGUGAACUAAAGGCCGGUAGUGCGGGAGCCGCCGCCCAAUCUUCACCGCCCCCCGGCCGCCGGGACCCAAAAGCGAGGUCGCUCGCUCGUCCCUUUCCAUCUAUCUAUCAGCGUGGGAUUUAGGCUUUCGAUCAGAGAGCAAGCAUGUGGCGGCAUGGCUGGCUGGUAGACCGGCGUCGUGAGGCAUGCAUUGACGAGGCUAUUUUGGCCCCGUGGACUGGCAAACAAAAUUGCGCCUUUGAUAAAGAUACCCCCCUGUUGGAAUUUUUUACUGCAUUACUAUGUAGUAUCUAUCUACCUAGUGUCCAACCAACCAAGUCCUUUCUCUGCAUGUUGAAGCUGGCAUUCGCUUGUCUCAGAAAGAGAAGGGCUGUCCAGAAAUGAGCUGCUGCGCCUGAGGAAUGGAGGUUCCCAGUGUAAUUACCCAGUGCGGCGAUCCAAAAGGUGGGCGCCCGUUGACCAGGGGGGCUCGGGGAGUGGGGGCCAGCCAGCAUGUUGGUAUUCAGAAAACAGAUACACAGGCAAGAAACACUACAAAGAAGCAAUCCAAGAUAGGAAACCCUGUUCUGUCGGGAUAUUUCUCAGUCCCCACUUGCGUACCGAUUGCCCGGAGACAAGAUAACAGUGUUUCAGAAAAGAAACGAACACUGAGGGAAAAAGCAAGACAGGAAAAAAAGACGAGUGUCAAAAUCAUGGCCUGGAAAUCACUUGCGAUAUCUCCCCAUCUCGCGUACAUCUCCGCCGCAGGCUACCAGUCACAAGCGACAUGACCUCACGACAAAAAAAACCUGGUUCAAUACACACAAGCAACAUAUUGGGACGAUGAUCAUUUCAUUUACUGUCGCCCACGAUUACGGGCCAGCAGUGCAUGUGACUGAGUUUUCCCUCGGUUAAAUAUGUAUGCUUUCCAGUGCACGCGGGACAUCCAAGAGGCCGGCCCGUCGGGCUUGCCUUGCUUGCCCGGGCCCCGGGGAACUCUUUCUUCACCGUGAGAGAAAACACCUCAUACGGGGAAAUGGGCUGCAGAGCGAGAUUGUGUCUCGCGCCAAUUCGCCCACCCACCGGCUGUAUGGCCGAGUCCGAAUAGCAAUUCCCGCGUUGUGCAUCGCCUCCACGGCGGGACACCCUUCCCCCAACAACCCCUUGCCCAUCCUCCGUCGUAGAUGUCACUGUUCCUUCGAGCCAGGUACAUAGACCAAGUCCCAUGAAUGGCCUUCUUACUCCUCCGCGGGUACCUCGGCCUUGUUCUCCUGCUUCCUCGCGCCGAGCCGCCGCAGCGCGACAAAGCCCGUCCCGGGGACCUUGGCGUCGAUGACCGGCGCCGCAGCCCACUGCCUAGGUCGGGCCGCGGCACGGCUCGCCACCUGGGACCAGCCGCCGCCGCCGCUGCCGCCAGACCCGUCGCCCUCGCGGCGCAGGAUGUGUG